GCAUCCCUCCAUCCCUGCAUCCCUCUGCCCUCAGAGAUGGUUUCAAUGCGCCUCCCCCAGCAGAGCCCCGCAGCACCCCGCCCACGUAAGGAACCAGGCCACCGCUGCUUGUCAUUUAUUUUGUUUUCUCUCGUGUUGUGAAUUUGCAUAAGAGCGAUGCGCCAUCUCAGGGGAGUUUUGGGUUUUGUUGCACCUGCUCAGGACGUGGCCGGGAGAUAUGCUUUCCCCUCAGCCAAUGGGGAGAGGAGGAUGCGCGCAGGGGGCUGGAACUGUCUAUCAGGCCUGGGCCCGCCCCCCGCACACAAAAGCAGCUUCCCUCACUAUCUGGGGGCAGGAAAGCCUCAGCCAUCGGGAAGCAGAGAGCCGAAGCCGCGCAGGCCCGGGGCUGCGAUGGCGGGGCGCGCAGGGACCGCGGGGAGGCAAGGGCGCUGCUGCUGACCCGGCAGCCCUUCUCCAGCUGGGCCGGGGUCCGCGGGCCACGUCGCCCUGGGUGACCUUCCUCCGAUGUGGACUUGCCCCUGAGCAUCCUUCCGCCAGGCCCCAGCCUGGGUACCACCCGGGAGAUGCCCGCCUGCAUCCGGGCCCGGCCCGCCUUUGUGUCUCAGUGACAGCGCGGAGCCGCCGCCGAGAUCCGCUUCCGGGGUCGCCCAAGCUCCCAGCCGGCUCUUUCCAGCUCCCAUGGGGACCACGGAAGCCACGCUGAGGAUGGAAAACGUGGACGUGAGGGAUGAAUGGCAGGAUGAGGAUCUGCCCAGACCCCUCCCUGAAGACACUGGGGUGGAGCUGCUGGGCGGCGCAGUGGAAGACUCGUCCUCUCCUCCCUCCACCCUGAACUUGAGUGGGGCACAUCGGAAGAGAAAGACCCUGGUGGCCCCAGAGAUCAACAUCUCCCUGGACCAAAGCGAGGGCUCUCUGCUGUCCGACGACUUCCUGGACACCCCCGAUGACCUGGACAUCAACGUGGAUGACAUCGAGACGCCGGACGAGACCGACUCGCUGGAGUUCUUGGGAAAUGGCAAUGACCUUGAGUGGGAAGACGACACCCCAGUGGCCACUGCCAAGAACAUGCCCGGGGACAGCGCGGACCUGUUCGGGGACAGCGCGGCGGACGAGGGCGCAGCGGCCAAUGGUCGCCUGUGGCGGACUGUCAUCAUCGGGGAACAGGAGCACCGCAUCGACCUGCACAUGAUCCGGCCGUACAUGAAGGUGGUCACUCACGGAGGGUACUACGGGGAAGGCCUCAACGCCAUCAUCGUCUUCGCUGCCUGCUUCCUCCCAGACAGCAGCUCCCCCGACUACCACUACAUCAUGGAGAAUCUCUUCCUAUACGUCAUCAGUAGCCUGGAGCUGCUGGUGGCUGAGGACUACAUGAUCGUGUACCUGAACGGGGCCACGCCCCGGCGGAGGAUGCCGGGCAUCGGCUGGCUGAAGAAGUGUUACCACAUGAUUGACAGGAGACCCUGUUUCUGUGAGAAGGUGGGGCAGGGCUCCUGCCCACCCCAAACUCGCUGUGUGACGGGUCACACUUAUCCCAUCCUGGGCCUCCAGCUCCCUCCAACACGCCAGGGACAUCAGUGCAUGCUCGAGGGGCCAGUGGGAUCCCAGGGCCCCAGGCUCAGCCCCAGCCACUGCACUCCGUCACCUGGUUCUGUCUGCCACAGCGCGCGGCCCCCACAGCCGGAGUUCCUGGUUCCCAGGUCCGAAGAAAAGCCGGAGACAGUGGAAGAAGAGGACGAGUCAGCGGAAGUGACAGAAGACCAGGAAACAAGCAUGUCCUGAUUUAACCAGAACCUAGAGAUGGACAGAGAAGACUCCAGACACCACAUAACCUCCGUCAGAGGCCUGUGGGCCCCAGACUUCAUCCUGCCUCAUCCUGCGUCCAUCAUCCAAGGACACCUGGCUCCCUUGUCCCUCUCUGAAUCCUGGUGUCCUUUCUCGCUUCUUGAGUACAUUUCACUGUUUUUAUUUUAAGAAGGCGGUAUGAGCACAUUCUGGAAUGGACCAGGUCCUUGGCCUCUACCCUUCCACAUCCUGAGCUUGGGGUUGGCAAAGCUGGAUAU